UCCAGUUCAGUUGAUCAACCACAAGAGGGUGCUGUACGCAACAUCUGUACAAUGGCUAGUAAUAAUAAUAAUAAUAAUACAAUCCAGGCAUUGCCAAUUGAGUACUAUUAAUGAGAUGUUACACUAUAAUUAGCUCAGAUGAUAGCUUAGCAUUUUGUGUACACUGCCCUCAUUGGACAAUAUUUUUAGUCAACGUGACUGGCCAGCAGUCCAACAUGCAAAUGAUCCUCUUCAUCCUAUUUCCAUGGAUGGGGAAGAGGAGUUGACCCCGUGAACGCGUGUCGGUGAAGCCCUGAUGAUCUUUCAUUGUGUGAAUGUUUUUCCCAGCAGAGGAGAAGAAAAGGGAAGUGGAGCUGGCGUGAUGUCGUGGAGGAGGAGGAGCCUCAGACUGUGAAGCCCAGCCGGAGGUGCAGCACACAAUGAGCACAACGCCACGCACGUUGACACGGCAGCGAUGAGCGACCAGUACAGCAGCUCGUCAUCCUCCCACACAGAGGAGGAGGAGGAAGAGACGGAGGAGGAAGAGAUGAGGGCCACGCCCCCCAGCAUGACCAAAUUGUCGUCCACGCUGCACGCCGUCAUCCGCAUCAAGCAGAAGUACGAGACCUUAAAGAAGCGGCGCCAGGAGAUGGCGAUGGUGAUGAGCAGCCUGACGGGGGCCCCGACCCGCGCCAGCCCCAAAAUCUUCACCUUUGACACCACGACCUCUGCGCCGCCGCUGUCCUCACCCGUGUGUCAGCGCAAGAAGAAGAAGAGGAAGAGGAGGGUGUUGUACCCCGAGAGGAGGCGGCGGCACCACCGAGCGCCCCGUCGGGAGUACAGUCCCGCCGAGUGUUGUCUCUGCCUGCUCAGCGCCAUCGUCUUCUUCCAGGUUUACAACGCCAUCGAGAACCUGGACGACCACGUGCUGCGAUACGACCUGGAGGGUCUGGAGAAGACCCUGAGGAGGGAGGUGUUUGGCCAGCAGGGGGCGUUGGAGGAUCUGCUGUCCCAGCUCAACGACUACCUGUCCACGUAUGUUCACAACAAGCCGCUGGUUCUUUCUUUGCACGGACCCAGCGGGGUGGGCAAGAGCCACCUGGGGCGUCUCCUGGCGGGACACUUCCGCUCAGUGGUGGGGGAGCCUCUGGUCCUGCAGUACUACGUGCUGCACCACUGCCCCCAGGACGCCAACGCCCCGCAGUGCGCCCGAGACCUCCACGCCCUCAUCUCAGCCAUGGUGGAGCAAGCGGAGGAGCAGGAGAAGAUCCCGCUGUUGGUGUUUGACGAAGUGGAGCACAUGCAAGGGGACCUCCUGGAUGUUCUCCACAACCUGGUGGCAUCCAAGCAGUCCAACCAGUUCCUCAACGCCGUCUACGUCUUCCUCAGCAACCUGGGCCAUCAGCACAUCACCAAGCAUGUCCUGCACAACAUCUCCGCCACUUCCUGUUGUAACGGCAACCCGCUCAGAGCGCUGACCCCCGUCUUACGGAAGUCUCUGGAGGCGCUUCAUGCUCUGUGGACGCAGGCGGACAUCUUGUCUAUGGGCCUCUUGGAGAAAAGUCAUGUGAUGCAGUGCUUCCUGGAAGAGAUGACCCAGGAGGGAUUCUACCCUGACCGCACGCACGUGGAGAGGCUCGCCAGCGAGGUGGAGUACUAUCCCACCGCGGGGGGGCGGGAAUAUUCCGUGACUGGAUGCAAGCAGGUGGUGGCCAAGGUCAACCUGCUGUGAAGGUCAACAAGAAACUCGAUGCUGGCAAAAACGUGGGGGACCGGGACGCCCCUCCACACCACCUGCCGGUUCUUUUUCUAAACAAGGUCCUAGCUCCGAGUCCUGGACUAGAAGUCAUGGAGUCCUCAUGCUUCCAAUCAUGUAGAAGCAAACCAGCACCGCUUUUCCCUAAAUCAGACUGAUCCACCUAAUUGACACUAACAGGCUAGCAGUGCAUUACUAUAUAUGGAUAUAUUUUAUCGUUUUAUACUCACUCCAUCUCCACAUUCAAGGCCUGUCCACACGGAAACCUUCCUGGGAAUUGUACUUUUUGGCAUCCACACUGUGCCGGAUGAAUAAAUACAGUAGUUGCAUCCAGACAGGAAGAGAUGAUUGGCUGAAAAGCAUAACACAACACAGCACGUACAGCGGUCUAGUGGUUAGC